CGUCCACAUUUAAGGGAAAUGUGAUGCCUCGUUCCUUUUCUGAAAAACUGAUCAGUCGGAAGGGGUCAUUUUUGCCUACUUUUUGAAGUCUUUAAAAUGUCAUAACUUACGUAAAUCUUAACAUCUUGACCAAAUUUAAACACAAUUCAAUAUUCUAGGUUUUAAGUGAGAAACGCAACCGAUUAUUUCCCCCAAACCUUCUUGGGUGGAGGGGGGCAUCUUCACGCAAAUCAUUCACGCAUGCGCAUGCAUCUGCACGCGCACCCGUCUGGCUAUUAUUUCCGCUUCAUUCUCCAAUUACACUUUUGAUCCACCUUUUUCGUGCGAACGGUUGCUUUAUCUGUCAAAAUGCCAAAUUUCCGUUCUUGUCACUUUUAAAGGAAAUGCGACUUCUGAAAGAGGCGUUUGGGCGACUCGAAACUGUGACGUCACCGACGGUGAGGUUCUGAUCAGCGUCGGACGAGCGCGCGCACUGUUAAACCGACACAACAGUUUUGUGCAUAAGCACUUGUGUACUGUGUUUCUCGCACACGCCACCCGAGUACAAAUGGGCCGCCCGGUGACACGUCAUCACAUUCAGGCUGUAAUUAUGUCAUCUCCCAGCCGGGACGCAGGGACGGCGUCAUAUGCUAAAAUGCUGGAUAGCCCUUUUUGUCCAACGCGUGAAACUUCGACAAGAAAAUCAAGGGUCGACCUGACAGAUAAUGCCUGAUGAAGAGCCUUGGGUUGGAUCAUGGAGGCCCCACAGACCGCGAGGGCCCAUAGCUGCCCUCUAUAGCAGCCCAGGGCCAAAGUAUGCCUUGCCUUCACUGACAGGUUCUACACUACAUGAUCCGACAAAACACAAAGCCCCCAGUUUCAGCUUCCGUGCCCACUAUGACAUAAGCACGCAAGAAACCUCACCCGGACCUAAACACCUCAUCCCCUCCAAUAUCACCAAAAAUGGCCGGGAUGGGACACCAGCAUUUUCGUUCGGUAGUCGUCCCAAGGAUGCAGUGCGCGCCCAAGUCCCUGCACCCAACCAUUACCACCUUGAAAGUUCAGACAAGGUCACUUAUCACACUUCUCCUUCUUAUACGUUGUCCGGGAGGUGGAAACAAGUUGCACAGAGCAACCAGACUACUCCUGGUCCAGCAUCCAACACUCUACCUCCUGUCUUCGGACCCAAAACUGUCAAUAUAAGAGCAGCACCUGCACACUCGCUCUACGGUCGCAGUAAAAAUGGCAAAUUCAUGGAGGACUACACAAAGUCUCCAGGCCCUGCAGCCUACCAAGCUGUGGAUCCCCAAAUUUAUCUAAACAAAUCCCCUCAGUACAGCAUGCCAGGGCGCAAGUUCAUGCCUCAAAGCGCGACAAGGACGCCAGCGCCUGGAGUCUACUGUCCUGAGAAGGUCACCACAACACACACCAAAGCGCCAGCCUUCACCUUUGGACUGCGUCACUCGCAAUACACCAUAUGCCCCAUCAUGGAUGCGGAUAAAUACCAACAGUCAUUUUCCUUCCUUUGAGCUGGACACUUCAACACAGCGGCAUCAGAAGAAGCAAAGCGGUCAAAGUCAACGGAUGACAUUUGUUGAUGAGAUCUCACAGUUCAGCGUUUGCAGUACUUUGUCUCGUCUGUGAAUGUGGCUCAUCACAUCCUACUGUGGCUUCUCAGUUCAGGCCAACUAAACGUCCCCUUGAAUGCACCCUGCAGGUGGCACUUGUGAUCUCAUUGGUGUCAGGGAAUUUAACUUCAUUGUGUUCUACAAUAUUUUUUUAAUAAAAACAAAAUAACAAUGAAACUAUUUUUUUUUUUAAUUUGUAGUACAGUGCGGUUACAGUAAGAUGAAAAUUCAUUCAGUGGCUAGUUAUUUUUAUUAGCCAAAUUAAGAACAUGAGUGAAAACAACAAAGUCUUCCAUUUUGUCAUUUCACGUUAAAAUACAUCCAUUCCACCAUACAAAGUCACUUACAUUCUAAACUUGGCCAGUCUAGUAGUCAUUUCGGGCUUAUUGUAUGUGCACUGAGUUAACCUAAAUGAUGUCCUUGUAUACUGGAUUGUACACAUAAAAAAUGUAAACUAUUUUGUAGAUACCACAUCUUGAGAUUUAUAUAUGUUUUGGUGAAUCAUGUGGCGAAUGCUAAAUAAAAAAUGACAUUUCAAAUGAGUCCAGGUAGCGCUGACGUCAUUUUAGGACAUCUCUGACAGGCACAUGCUGAGACAGCACAUACAUCCGUAGACUUGAGCUCCUACACUAUUUUUGUUUUAUUUUGUACGUGCCUUAUUUGGUGAUAAUUUUUAGCCAAAGUAGUGUUUUAUUACUAACACAUUAAACAGUCAGGUUAUGAAAUGUAGUGGAAUUUAACAAGUGCAUGUUUCAUUCAACGCUGGCCUUAAUAGGACAUGUGAAGCUCCUAAGUACAGUAUGUAAAAUUUUGUGUUAUCUGAAACAAAUGAAAAAUAUUUUCCCUUUUGGGGA